UGAAAUACCGGAGAAGAUUUUGGAACUUACUAAUAUUCAUGUUGCGAAUGGGGAUGGAUUACCACAGGAGGUGUGCGUUAUUUGUCGGGAACAAUUGGACCGUAGCAUCACAUUCAAGCGACAAAUCCAGAAGGCAGAGAGUAUGUUGCGUCAGCAUCUUACACAACAUGACAGCUUCAUUUUCUGUCCAAGUCCGGCACCCAUUAUCACUGGAGAUCCCUUGUCAGAGGAGGAGGAAGGGAAGAUGGCGCAAGACACUGAAAAGGAUGAGUUGGAGUCUGAAAUCAAGUCAGAAAUGGAAACAGCUUCUCCCAAGUGGGAUAGUGUCACAAUCAAGGAAGAGGACAGUUUUGUAGUAGCUGAGCCAUGGCCUGAAGAGUUGAGCAAUUCCGAUUCUUUUUCAGCAGAAGAUAGUGUUAUGAAUAGCGAACAGAAUGAGAAAGCAGUCGACAUAGAAAAUAUGCUGAAGCAGAUUGAUAGUGUCGAGGGAACUACGAAAGAAACAAGUAUAAAACAAGAAAAUGAAAACAUAGAUGCAAGUAUAGAAGAGACCAAUGAAAAAGGAGAUAAAGAUGAAUGUAAUCAGUAUUCAAAUGAGGACAGGGUAGAUAUGAAAUGUUUUGCCACAAUCGAUUGUCACUGUUAUUUAUGUAAAGAAAACAAACAUAAAAAGAAAACAGUUGAAAAUCCCAAUGAAAGUAAAAUAACAUGUGAACUUUGUGGAAGAAAGUUUGAUACAGCUGUUUUCAAAAAACAUCAAGCUGAACACAAUGAAACUGUACCAGGAGAUUGGUUCAGGUGCCCGUACUGUACCAAAAGUUUCCCAACAGAGAAGAGUUUACUUGCCCACCAACAUGAACAUUCAUCUGAGCAAGAUGGUACAGCUGAGGCAUUGAGUGUACGCCGCAGUUCACGUCCAAGCAAGGCUCCGGAACGUCAUGUCGUACCCCACUACAGUUGCACUAAGUGUGAGAGGAUGUACAGUGAUCAGGCAGCUUUAGAAAACCACCAAAAAAGUCACUUGGGUUUGUCUUACAAAUGUAACCACUGUGGUAAAAAGUUUUAUAGCAAAGAACUUCUUGAGAAACAUAUACAAAAUGUACAUUUACCUAAAGCAAACGUUCAACCAAAAAGAAGAGGCCAUCAAUGCAAUAUAUGUGGUAACUAUUUUGAUACCCGAUCAAGUCUCUUUUCGCAUAUGAAAAGUCACAAGAGCACAGUUCAAUUGUGUGAAAUUUGUGGUAAAACCGUAAGUAUUAACGCGUAUCCGGCACACAAACGAUCACAUGUGAGUACAUGCUCUGAACAAGUCUUUUUGUGUGAUUUGUGUGACAAAAAGUUCAACAAUAAAGUUUCACUUCGUGCACACAAAAACUCUUAUCAUGGUACACUAAAAUUCACAUGUGAAAUUUGCGGGAAACAGUUUACUACUAUGGCACUGAUGAAACAUCACCAACAUAUCCAUUCUGGUAAGCGUGAUCAUACUUGUCAGGUAUGUGGACGAGCAUUCACACUUAAAAUUACCUUGAAAUCACAUAUGAGGAUCCACACAGGUGAAAUGCCGUACGGGUGUGAUAACUGUGGUAAGCGUUUCACGUGGAAAACUACAUAUAGAAAUCAUACUCAGUCAUGCAAAAUAAAUCUAAUUAAUAUAGAUAUUAAACAAACAGUAAACACACCUAACCCAAUCACCCAGUAUACACCCCACAGUCUAUCUCAAGAAUUACCAAUAGACUAUAGUGAUGAGGCUAAAUAUAAUGUUCCUAUAGACUAUAGUGACGAGGCUAAAUACCCAAAUCCUUCUGUAAUAGGUGAAACUAAAUUGUUUCCUACAGCACUUAAUUUAAGUGAAGAAAUAAAAUACACUUACCAACAACCAAUAAGUUAUAAUUAACCAAGGUUUCCUACCCUGAACAAUUAUUUUGUUUAAAAUUUAUUGGUACAUUUUUCAUUAAUCUUUAUUACGCAAAAUAAUUGUUUGGUAUGACUGGUGAACACACUCAGCUCAGUCUGUUGAAAGUGGUUAUGUGUGAAUCCAGAAUUUACAAAUCCGAUUCCAAAUCCUAAAAUAUCAAUUCCUGAUUCUCGUAAUUCGAUUCCUAGUAGCAUUUUAGUUUAAGCUUAAUCAAAAUCAUUACUAAUCUAGUGUUCGCCAUUCUUAAACCUUUGCAGACUAUCUCAUAAUAGGAAAAUAAUUGGAGAAUGCUACUCUAUUCUAAAGGGAUUUGCAAAGGUUAAGAAAAUAAGUUAUAUUUUAGGAGCAAAGUCAUAUUUCCUACCUUCUAUUUUAAUUUAAUAGAUUGUAAUAUGGGCUUCCAAAAUAUAUGCCUUUAAUCUUCAAAAAUUAUUGGCAUAUAUUUGUAUCACUUAUAAACCAUAUUUUAAACUUAAAAUGUUUAAAAAACAUCUCAAACCAUCACUAGUUAAAAAUAUAAACAUAAGUUUUAUAGAGAAAAUAUUUAUACAACUAAAGAAAUUGAAAAGUAAACAAAAAUUACUGAUCGUCUGUUGCUUCUCGUUGAGCAGAAAACAUCCAUGUGUAUGCACAACAAUGCAUGGCAUUGCACAAAUGUAAAUAUAGAAAAUAGGAAUUGCAAGCAAAGUAUUAUUUACAAAAGUAUGAUAAUUUGUUAAUUAGGUUAUCUAUUUAAGGUUUUUUAAACGCAAACUACAAAAACAAUCUGUUUUAGCAAUCGGUAAUUUGAGUACUACUGAUUUGCUGCUAUCCAUGAAUAUAAGCAGCAGAAUUGUAGUGAGAUACAUGUACCACUGUUUAUAAACAAAAUACCAAGGUUUAAAAUUAGUUUGUGAAUAUAAUUUUGUUAUUUAGUAAUAAUUUGUAUUACAAAAUAUUCUCCAGAAAAUGAUUUGAAAUUACUUUACACAACUUUCAUAAGCAGUUUUGUUUAUUAACAAAAAUUAAGUACAAAAAAUAUGAUAGUAACCAUCAUCUUCACCUCAUAUAAAUAUAUAUUUAGAGACCCACGAAAAGUGGCCCACAGGAAAGCUCAAAAUCCAAAACAAGUCUUCAAAUAAUUGAAUUAGAUCUUACAUUUUAAAAAGAACAUUUGUAAGCCUAAAUUUGGUACACUAGGGAUAUUGUCAUUAUUGAGUGAGUAUAUUUAAGUAAAUGUAAAAUUAUUGACCAGUUGGGAUUGAAAAAAUGGGAAAGUAUAUA